GGCAGCACUAGAUCUCAAGCUUUAUGAGCAAUUUAAAUUUUGGAGCUGUCAUGGAUUCCAUUUAAUUGCCUUGAGCAAACUAAUGAUACUUCUCGCCAUUAUAUGCUACACACACAGUCCACAAUUUAUAUAGCAAGCAUUCUUUCUCCUUCGGUCCUUCCUCAUACUCACCAUUGCUGAGCAUAAGAGAGAGAACGGGAGGGGUAGGAAGCAUGGAGGCUCAAGGUGCCAUGGACUCCCUCCUAAAGAAACUCACCAAUCUGCUUGUUGAGGAGUGUGCUCGACUGAAAGGAGUCCGCCGUGAAAUCCGCUUCCUCCGGUCAGAGCUGAACAACAUGCACGCCCUUCUCCAAAAGUGUGCUGCAAUGGAGAACCCUGACAUCCAAGUGAAGACCUGGACAAAGGAGUUGAGGGAGCUCUCACACGACAUCGAAGACUGCGUGGACGAGUAUGUCCACGGAGUUGACACCAAUGACCACCACGGUCACGGAGGCAUCAAGGAGUUCUUUCGCCGAUGUGCUCGGCGUUUGAAGACACUGUGCACUAGGCACCGCAUUGCAAAGCAGAUCCAAGAACUGAAGGCCCGUGUUGUCGAGGUCAAAGACCAGAGGGAGAGAUACAAGCUCGAUGAUGUUGCUGGCAGCAGUUACACCAGCUUGACAAUAGAUCCUCGCAUGGGUGCUCUUUUCACUGAGGAGGCUCACCUUGUGGGCAUCGAUGGCCCAAGGGAUGACCUAGUGAGCUGGCUGAUGGAGGGUGAAGCUGAGCAUUUGAAUCAUCGGAAGGUGCUGUCCAUCUAUGGCUUUGGUGGUUUGGGCAAGACCACGCUAGCCAAUGAGGUCCGUCGUAAGAUUGGACCGCAAUUCGGUUGUGCGGCUCUUGUAUCUGUUUCCCAAAAGCCUGAUUUUAAGAAAAUUCUCUGGGGCAUACUCUCUCGUAUAACUCCGAAAGGCACUAAUCUUGUCAGAGAUCUGAGAGAGACCUGGGAUGAGAGUGAGACAAUGCUUAUUGAAAAGAUAAGAGAAAUCCUACAGGAUAAGAGGUACUUCAUCAUAAUUGAUGACAUAUGGUCUGCUUCAGCAUGGGAUGUACUGAAAUGUGCUCUUCCAGAGAACAAAAAUGGUAGCAGAGUAAUUACUACAACACGUAUUGAGUCUGUCGCAAAGGCGUGUUGUUCUCUGCCCAGUGACCGCUGUUACAAAAUUGAGCCUCUUAGUGAGCUCCACUCAAGAAUGCUACUUUUCAAAAGAGUUUUUGGCCAUGUGGAUGGUUGCCCUGUGCAAAUUACACAUGUUUCAGAUGAUAUAUUGAGAAAAUGCACUGGCCUUCCCCUGGCGAUAGUUAGUAUAGCAAGCUUAUUGGCUAGCAGGUCCAAUACAAAGGAGCAAUGGGAAAAGGUGAGUACAUCGACAGGAUCUGUAUUACAAGAAAAUCAUGAUCUUGAGGGCAUGAAAACUAUAUUGUCUCUGAGUUAUAAUGAUCUUCCCCACUAUCUCAAACCUUGUUUACUCUAUUUGAGCAUAUUUCCUGAGGAUUAUGACAUUGAAAGAGGUAGUUUAGUGAGGAGAUGGAUAGCAGAAGGAUUGGUCAGUGAAGAUUAUGGGCAAAAUGUGGAGGAUGUUGCUGAAAGCUACUUCAAUGAGCUCAUUAAUAGGAGUAUGAUUCUGCCAGUGGACAUUGACUACGAUGGAAGGGUGCGAGUUUGUCGCGUACAUGACAUGAUGCUAGAACUUAUGAAAUCAAAGGCAAGAGAAGAGAAUUUUCUUACAAUCAUAGGUCCGAGCCCGAUCUCAACAAAACCAAAAGGUGUUGUUCGCCGGCUCUCAAUUCAAUAUAAUGAUGGAGAUCAGAAGUUGGCACCCCAAGAAGUAACAUCGUUAAACCAUGUUAGAUCAUUCAGCACCUUUGGUGACUGUCUCAAUCAGACACUGCCAUUUGCUUAUUUCAGAGUUUUACGAGUCCUGAGUCUCGAUUGUGAGUUGAAUGAGGAUGUCGAUUUGAAGAUUAUUUGCAAACUACAUCAGCUGAAAUAUUUGAGACUAAAUGCCUUUAAGCUUCCUGCAGAAAUCGGGGAGCUGCAGUGUCUUGAGACACUAGAAUGGUGCAGUUUCUCAUGGAAUAGUUUGCUGCCGGAUGGGAUUUCUCAGCUACAACAUCUUAGACAUCUCCUUGUGGACAAUGAGGGGAUGUUACCGAAAGACAUUGGGAGCAUGCAAGCACUUCGGACACUGUCACAAUUCAACAUCUGUGACAGCCCAGUAAAUGCAGUGCAGGAACUUGGAAAUUUGAGGAACUUGAGAGAGCUCUCGAUAUCUUGGGAUGAGGACGAGCCAAGUGAUGCAAGAUACAAGGAGUACUUGUCCUCUUCUCUCAGCAAAUUGAGCAGCUGUAGCCUCAAAUCACUAAGUAUUCUGAGUGCCAGACCUAUUCCUGUUGAUUUUCUAGCAUCUUUGUCACCCCCGCCAUGCCUCCUUCAAAGGUUCUGGAUGUGGAACUCCUACUUUCAGCGGUGCCCCAAGUGGAUUGCACCGCUCGAUAGGCUCACUGAGUUGAAACUUGAUGUGUGGGAGCUGGAGGAUGAAGAUUUGGAUUUGCUUGCUCAUCUGCCGGUGCUGCUUCAGUUCCAUCUUUGGGUGGUACCUCUUCGUAAAGAGAAAAUUGUCAUUAAGGAAACAGGUUUCCGUAGUCUUGUCUUAUUCCUCCUGUGGUCCGGGUUGCCAUGCUUAAGUUUCCAAGAGAAGUCCAUGCCAAAGCUUGAAACCCUCAAGUUGAUGUACAGUGCUUGCGGGGCAGAAUUAUAUGGAAGCACGCAUUCUGGCAUUCAGCACCUCAAGAGUCUUAAAAAUGUCCAUGUUGAGAUGUAUACAGCUGGUGCCAUACAAUCAAACAUUGAAGCUGCGCAUCGCAACAUCAAUCACGAAAUUGCUAAGCACCCGAGUAAUCUCAAGACCAAUAUUACUAUUAGUAGUUAUAUAUACUUUGGGGAGGUAAUGAAUGAUGGCAAUGUUGAUGAGGAGGAUAGUGCACAUCUCACUGACAACAAUGGUGGCAAGAAUCAGGAUGAGGACAACAAAGUCAUCAGUGCACUAGGAUGUGAUGGCUGUGCUUACUGAAAUUCUACUGAGCUGCUCGUGGUCGGUGCGCGCAAGUUCAGGCAGCAAAUCAAGAAAAUGUCAUGGGAAAUAAAGAAUGCGUGCAAAGAGAGAGCUCUACUGUUGGUUCUGGAUAAUUUACUUCGUGUGUCCAUGCUUGGUUUGUUAGCUUUUCUACUACUCUCCUGUUUUCUUGCGUGUUUUUCUGUUGAGAUCUGUGCCGCUCGCGUCGUUUGUGAGUUCAUGGGUCUAGUUGUACGGCCACUAAGGCCAAGUUAUCCGUGUAGUUUACUUUAUACUAAGCAUUAAGUAAACCAGAAAAGCUGCGCUUGUAGAGGCAGCACCAAAAUUCCUCGAGUCCUCUCCUGUAUUUUGUACUUUAGUUCUGAGCUUUUUGGCUGUGACUAGUUGGGUGCCCGUGCGUUGCAACGGGGAAAAUAUGCAUCAUUUGAAACAUCCAAUCUAUGUCAUAUAGAAAUAUGCACAAAUCAAUGAGGAAUCGUUUCCUUGAUCUGAACAAAACGAAAUUGUAACGAAUCUGAUUCAUUUGCCAAGUUAUUAUGCUAUAUAUUAAGAAGUAAAACUUGUAGAUCUUUGAAUUCAGCAAAGAGGAAUAUGGACAUGUGCACCCACGUCAAUUCUAUGCUUUUUUAUAUAAACAACAUGGUUUAAUCACAUUCCGUAGCACACAAAGAAAAAUAGUAUGUAUGCAGAUCAAAGGGAUUGUGUGAAAAAUGAGAAAAGGAGAGGCUACAGAACAUGGGUACUAAGAAUUAACUGACAAAGCAUGAAUUUGCGAUAUUUUCAAACCAUGCCAAAAUGUUACCAUGCAUUUCUUCAAUCACCAAAUCCGCAUACAGAGCUAGAAUGAGCAUCUCUGAACAAAUAUAAUUUUCAUCAAGGAAAUUCGAGUUCAACAAUCAGAUAAUUCUAAUUACAAACUAAGAGAGAUAACAAAGAAUGAUUUCUGCAUCAGUCUAUCUUUCUGGUCAAUGGUAGUCCGACACAUUAGUGUCUCAAACACGAUAAAAUGCCCAAACAUAGAUAAAAUAAUGAAAACAAAUCCAUUUAGUUGUUCUCAUGCCCAAGGUGCAUGCAAAGUUUUAUAUAGGCAUGGUAUCUUAAAUAAAGCUUUUAAGGGGGUUAUUGACCAAAUGGAAGGACUACUGAACAAAAGGACAAUAUUAGGUACCUCAAAUGAUGUGUACCGUCAGAACAUUUAAAACAAACUUGCAUGGAUUCAAAACCUUAAGCUGCUUUUCAUCUGGCAAAAUAACUGGAAUAUUCACAAAUGAACAGCAACAAACUGAAUUUCACGAUCUUAGAGGACACAAAUAAUGAAGGUGUAAAGUAUUCAAUUAAAAAUAUAUUGUGCUGAAAGGUUGAAGUAUUUUUUUUCAGAGCAAUACAUGCUUAAAACAUGACAAUUCAAGAGCAAAUGGCAUCCGAUGACUUUGGUUCUAAUUUAAGCAGUUACUGAUUCUGUUUGAAUGAGC